CGCAACAAUAGUCAAUUGCAAAAUUUCCGGCCCUUUCUAUCACUUUCUUUCGCUCUCCAGAGUUUCCAGAGUGAACUUGAGAGAGAGAGAGAGAGAGAGAGAGGGAUAGCUAUGGCUUCAGGCGACGAGAAAUUACAGGAAGCCAUUUCGUCUAUCGUCAUUAUCAUCGCUAUGCAAGCGGAAGCGAUGCCUCUAGUGACCAAAUUCGAGCUCAAAGAAGACGAGAACUCUGUGUUUCCUGAAGGGGUCCCGUGGGUCAGGUAUCAUGGUACUUACAAAGACCUUCAUAUAAACAUAAUAUGGCCUGGAAAAGACUUAACUUUAGGGGUUGAUAGUGUAGGAACAGUUUCUGCAUCCCUUGUUACAUAUGCCUCAAUUCAAGCUUUAAAGCCAGAUCUGAUUAUAAAUGCGGGCACUACUGGUGGCUUUAAGGCCAGGGGAGCAAGCAUUGGUGAUAUUUUCAUCAUUUCUGAUGUUGCUUUUCAUGAUAGGAGGAUACCCAUCCCUGUCUUUGAUCUGUAUGGAGUUGGCUUGAGGCACACCUUCUCAACACCCAAUCUUUUGAAGGAGCUUAACUUCAAGGUCGGCAAAUUAUCUACUGGUGACUCUUUAGACAUGUCCCCACAAGAUGAAGCAACGAUUAUUGCUAAUGAUGCAACAGUUAAAGACAUGGAGGGAGCAGCUGUUGGCUAUGUAGCUGAUCUUUUGAAAGUCCCUGUGAUAUUUGUCAAAGCUGUGACUGAUAUAGUGGAUGGUGAGAAGCCAACAGCUGAGGAGUUCCUGCAAAAUUUGGCUGCAGUGACUGCUGCACUUGAUACAGCAGUCACUCAAGUUGUUGAUUUCAUCAAUGGAAAGUGCCUUUCUGAACUCUAACAUGCUGGGUCCUGACUUUAUUUUUCUGGAAAAGGAAAGAAUAUAUUCAGCUAAGUUUCUCAUAAAACUAAAGUUCGUAUAUGAUUGUCAGCGCAUGAUUGUUAUAGUUUUGGUACUUGUAGUUAACCUGCAUAAAAUGUGACUAGCCAACAUAUAUAUUCUGUCUUGUACACGGGCUUUUGCAGUGAAUUGCGUAUGGCCGACUCAAAGUCUUAAUACAUGAUAUUUUUCGGUUCACUAUCUGUUGCAGCCAAGAAAGACUUGCUUGUAAGGGGAAGAAAUUUGGGAAAUUUUUAUAAUAACUGUCUGUAGUCUGUAAUAGAAUUUCCUUAAUCCUGUUUAGGAUAUGUUUUGCAAUUACCAGAUUGAUUUGAAGGAAUUGUGGCAUUUUGUUAACAGAUAUGCCGCAAAUACCAGCCA